AUGAACAUCCUCGGGAUCAAUGGCUUCCUUCAGCGCGUCUACCAGGUUUGCAGGCUCAAAGUCGGCAGUGGGAGUCUGAUGGCUCCAGUGUGCAGCAGCUUUGUUUUCGUGAGUAGAGGCUCCACAAAGCGUUCAGCGCUGUCUCCAGAAGGAGAUCCAUCAGCACCUUCGGUGAGGGACGGUAAUAUCAUCCUGUGCCGAACACUGGUUCUGCUCUACAUUUGUGCGGCUUUGAGGGUGUGGUUCAUGUUAGAACAACCAAAGGGAAGCAUCAUGCAGGAACAUCCUGCCUUCAGAAACUUCAUCAAGCAUGUAUCCCUGUGGCGGCACUACAUCGCCAUGCGGGACUAUGGGGCGCCAACACAGAAACCGACGUGGCUUUAUUCCAGCUUGAAGUGCAUUGAAUCCUUAUCCCAAUUUCGACCCAGGCAGUUGCCUAAGAUUGUGGAGGAGGAGCCCAAGGAGAUGGUAAUUCAUUACAAGGAUAAAGAGGGCAAGGCCCGCAUACAGGGAGGAAAGGACCUCAAAUCGAGCGAAAAUUAUCCAAUCUGGUUUGGGAGAUCCAUGUCACGCAUGCGCUCUCGGUAUGCAGCCCAAGUCAGGAAGGAUGCCAAGAAGAUUGUCAAGCGCUAUCUCAAGCACUGCAAAGCAGUGCCUAUCAACAGCAAAGGUAGCCCUAAGUGGAUCAAGUGGGCUAACUUGCAGCCUGUGUUGGAUUGCUUUUUGUGA